CAAGAGCUCGGCACCGGCGGCGGCGGCGGCGGCGGGGCAGGCGGCGGGGGAGGCGGCGGCCUCGGGUUACAGCCCCGAGCCGAGGCCUGCGGGAGAGCCCCGGCGCGCCAGGCGCUGUCAGCCCCGACGGCAGGAGCGGCGACGCCGCGAUGGCUGCUUCCCUUCCCGGCGUUGUGAUGCUGCUCCUGAUGCUGCUGCGGGACCCCAGCUCCGGGGCUUCCACCACAACCUCAGCUGGGACGCCCGGGGCCUGGGUUUUGCGGCCGGGGUGCUCCCCGCUCUGCCGCCGCUCCCCGGCUGCCUCCAGCCUGUCCCCCGGGCAGCAGCCGCUGUGCCCCCAGGGCAGCCCUCGCUCCUAGCCCCCAGUCCUGGAGGCUGCCUGCAACGGCAGCGUCCCCGGGCUGCCGGGCGUCUCCAACUUCACGGUCUACCUCUACUGCAACCUCUUCAACAGCUCCCGGGGCUCCGGCCAGCUCCCGGGGGACCUGGGGGCUGCCUGCUUCAACUCAGCCUAGUACUUCCCUGCGGGCGAGGUGGGCUCAGCGUGGACCCACGCCUGCUGGGAGCACUACCCUGCCCAGUUCAACAGCCCUGUCUGCAGCAACACCUCCUUGAGAGAGACCCCCGGGCCGCAGCGGGUCCUGCUGGAGCAGCUCUGUGCCGACGUGGCCCCGGGCCCGGUGGGGGCCCGGCCCCCCCCGCCGCAGUGCCUGCCCACUGGGCGUGCGAUGGGACGACGCCUGGAGCUGCUUCUUGGGAAGCUGCACCCUCCGGGGAGCCCGGCUCUGCAGCAGCAGGAGCCACAAGUUUCUGCCCACUGACCCCUGGGCCUGGCUCUCCCAGCUGUGUGAUGGUCCUCAGCCCCAGCCACAGACACCCAGCACCUCAGAUCCCCGGGGCACAGACCCCUGCUCCUUCAGGGGCCGGAGCCUGUGGGCAGAGGGGAGAACCAGGCUCUUGGAGCUGUGCAGGACUGUGUGUCCUGGCUGCUUCCAGGAGUUGGUGUGCACCAAUGCCAGCCUCCUGCAGCUGCCAGGGGAUUCCCAGCCUGUGGCCGGGGUGCGCUGCUAGGGUGCCCUGCCCGGGGGACGCUGCCUGCUGCAGCAGCCCCCGGAGCUCCUGCCCUUGCUCCCCAGGCUGGAUGCUGCAGAACUCUGCCCGGACACAGCUGCCUACCUGCUGGGGCUGGUCUCACAGCUCCCACAGUGCCAGGAGGAGGGUCCAGGCUGGGCCCCCCCACAUGAGCUACCUCCUGCGCCUGCUUGACUGCAGCCUGGCCCUCUCUGGAUGGGAGGAGGCUGGGCAGGCAGCCAGGGAGCAGCUGAGCGAGGCCAUCCUCCUCUCCAUCCUCCUGGACAACACCUCCUUCUGGGGCUUGCUCGGGGCAAAUGGGUCUGCAGGCAUCCUGCGAGCCGUGGGCCGGUACCUGGGGUGGGAGCACAGGGCUUCAGCCAAGAGGGAGCUGCUGAGCUGCUUUAGCGCUGUGUUCUGGGACCUGCUCCAGGACAGCGAGGGUGUUCCCGCCUUGGAGAUCCUGGUGCAGGAGUAUCUGCAGAUGCCGGAGGAGAGCUUCCAGGGGCUGCUGCUCGCGGCGGGGCCCGAGGCUGUGAGGCGCUUCCUGGCCCUGCUGCACCGCUCCUGGCACCGGCUGCGCGGGGAGGGGAUGCCGUCGCCCACGUCCAGGGAGGAGACGCUGCAGUCGCUGGCUGUGCUGCUGCUCCGCAGAUUGCCCCGUCUCACCCCCGAGCUGUUUGUCAGCCUGUUGCAGUUCAUCCCCUUCAUGGCCGUGUCCGACAUCGCGAGGCUCCCGCCGGCCCUCCUGGCCAACGAGAGCGUCCUUGCCGCGCUGCAGACUCAGAGCUCCCGCCUGACACGGGGGCAGAAAUCCGCCUUCGCCAGGUGCCUGCUGCAGGCCCCCUUCCUCGGGGCCGUGCUCACGUGGCCCCUUGGUUUCCUCCGUGACAUCCUGCCACUGCUGCCCCACUUGCCGCUGCACUGCUUCCUGCAGUUCACGCCGCAGCAGGUGGGACGCAAGCCCCGGGGACCCCGGGCAGGCGGGGGUCCCAGCCCUACACCCUGUGAGCUGGCACCCCUGUGCCACUGGCCCUGCCCGCAGUGGGUGGGGGUCCCUGCACCCCAGACCAAGUCUCGCCUCUGGCCUGUGCGGAUCUGGGGGCUGGGGGACGACUGGCAGCCGUUGCAGCUGGGGCUGGUGCAGGGCUGCCACGUAGCCGGCAGCCUGGCAAACAGCAGCCGUGCAGCUGGCCCCAAGCCGGGGCGCAGGCUGGGGUCCCUUGCCUGCUUCCUGAGCCCUGAGGAGCUACAGGACCUGGCAUGGCUGCGAGACCCCUGGGCGGCAGUGGAGCAGAACCUGCUGGCAUGUGGAGCUGCAGGGACCCUACGGCAGCACGGGCGGGUCAUGCUCUCCCUGGCAGACUUGCUGUGCUCCACCAGCCUGGCCACAGUGAGCCCCGGGGAGCUGCCAGCGUGGAGGGGCAUCCUCCCUGAGAUGGGAGUGGGCUUCCUGGGGCGCCUGUCAGCUGCCCAGCUGAACGCCCUCCUGCCCCAUCUGCGGCUGACGCAGCUGACGUGUGCCCUGGGCUCGCUGGUGGUGGGCAUGAGCUGUGCCGCGCUGCAGGAACUAGGCUGGGAGGAUUUCCUGGGGGCUCUCCGGACCCUCUGUGUGGAGCCUCGUUCCUUGCUGCCCAGCCUGGUGUUGGGAGCAGCUGGCCCUGGGAUGCGGGGACAUGGGGCCACCCCUUCUGCUCCCACUGCCCCCUUUCCCUGUGGGGGGAAAGCACUGCCUGCUGACCUACAGCCCCUCUCCUGGGGCCCGUCACCCUCACUGUGUCUCCAAGGAGCCAGAGAGCCCCAAGCGUGGAGCAGGAUUGGGUGGCAGGAGCCUUUAGCAGGCACCGCUGCCCUCCUGGCACCCCCAGCCCUGGGUCCCAGCCGUCCCUGGGGGCAGCCCUGGUGCCAGCCCCUGCCUGGUGCCUGGGCACCCAUGAGGAGAGAGGGGGUCGGCAGGAUGGGGCCCAGUGCUCCGUUCAUCCCAGGGCAGGGCAGCCCCUCACCCUGCAGUGCCCGGCUGUGCUCUGGCUCCCGCAGGGCUAAGCUGGUGGAGAUGCUGCCUGAUGCCAUGAUGCGGCUGGUUCUGGACCACACGACCCGCCAGCCACGCAGCCUGCUAGCCCUGCCGGCCACCCGCCGGGCAGUCUUGGCCCGUGGGGCCCUGCGCUCCCUGUGGCUCCUGGCAGGGACAGAGCUGACUGGGGAGGAUCUGGACCGGCUGGGCCCACUGGUGGGGUUCCUGGGCAGGGAAAGCACAGCUCGUGUCCGGCCCGAGAGCCUGCUGCCACGGCUGGGCGACCUGCAGGAUACUUGCCUGGCUGCAGAGGCAGCCGCCGAGCUGGGGCGGCUGCUGCUGUCAGAGCGGGCGCUGGGAGCCUGCGCAACAUCCCCGGGUGAGCACCGCGUCCUGUCCCGCUGCCGCCACACUGCCCUGUGGCCAGCAACACCCCGGCCCCUCUGCCCCGUCCUGGAGCUGUGCCAUCCCCACCAGUGCCCCGUCCUGGAGCUGUGCCAUCCCCACCAGUGCCCUGUCCUCGUGGCUGGGCUGGGCCAGGGGACCACGGUGAGCCCCUGCACUGCCCUCCCCAGCCCUGACCCCAGCCCUGCAGCUCUUGUCCCCGGUGCCCUCCCAUGCCCUGCCCACACGCUUUCUGUCCCCGCUGCCUGGUGUCCCCAUGCUGUCCCCCCCCGGCUGGUGUGUCCCCCUCGUGCACCCCACUGCGGGCGCUGUGGGGGGACGUGGGGCUGUGGGCAGCCCGCUCAGGCCGGCACUGCAGCCGCCGUGCCCAGCUGUGCCGCCGUGCGUGCCACCUUCCCUGUGGCGUGGAGCAUGGCCCAGCUGGCCGCCAUGGCCCCCCCGCAGCUGGGGGGCUGCCUGGGGCUGCUCAGCCAGGACCCAGCGCUGCACCCCGACCAGCUCCGGGCUGCCCUGGGCCAGGCCCACCGGGUGAGGGGGGGCAUGGACAGGGCUGGGGAGGGGCACGGGGGGCUGUGCUGGGGGGGGUGCUGGGGCUCUGCUGAGCUGUGCUGGUCCUGGGGCGGAGGUGCUGGAUGUGGGGAGCUGUGGUGGCAUGGGGGCGGGAAUGUCCCGGGGGGGCUUUGGUGGCCUUGGGAGGCUGCCUGUGGGGGGCUGUGCUGGCCCUGGGGAGCUGUUCCUUGGGGGGCUCGCUGCUGGCAGCACUGGGCUGGGGGCUGCUGGCAGCUGGUGGUGCUGCUGGUGCCGCAGCUGUGGGGCAGUGCCCGGGCACUGGAGCCAGCCCAGACCCUGCGCCUGGGCCGGCUGGCCACCCAGCUGGGUGAGCUAGAGCUGCGGGAGCUGCUGCUCCCCGACUGGGGGGCCCUCUCUGCCCUGGGGGAGCUGGACGACUGGUCACCGGAGCAGAUGCGGGCGGUGGUCUCUGCCUUCGUGCGGCAGCGUGGGGUGAGUGCCCGGGACCUGGGGCUCCCUGAGCUGGUGGCACUGGGACAUCUGCUCUGCGGGCUGCCGGCGGCCGAGCUGGGGGGCCUGGACAGCCGGGAGCUCAGCAAAGCUGCCCCUUUCCCGGGCUGGCUGAGCCUGCGCGGCACGGAGCAGCAGGCAGAGGAGCUGGCUGCCUGCCUGACCUCCAGCGCUGCCUUCGGCCCGGCUGCCGCCUGGGGACCCGAAAUCUUCGCGGAGGUUGGGACGCUGGCAGGUGAGGUCUGGGACCGGGCCAUGCCCUGCGGUCACUGCCGCCUGCUCUGGUGGUCCCUGUGCCCGGGGACAGCACCCCGGCCCUGCGCUGUGCCCCGGCUGGGCUCCCUGACAUCGCUCUCUGCACUGGUCCCCGAGCAGCUCUGGGCGCUCAUGCCCCGGGCCAUCACUGCUGUCCCACCACCCAAAUUCGCAGUGAGUUCCCGGCAGCUCCCGCUGGCACGCUCGGCCAGGGCACGUGUGGCACCGUCCCCCCGCAUUCAGGGGAGGGGGGAUCCCUGGCCAGGCCAGUGCGGUGGGAGUCCCCCCCUCACCGGGUGCCGAGGCAUGGAGGUGGAACCCAUCCUGGCCGUGCACACGUGUGUGUACAGGCAGGAGCGGAGCCAGGCCCCAGUCUGGCUUCACCUUGGCUCUCCUUCUCUGCCUGCCCCGUUGCUUUCUGUGAGCAUCCCAGUAAUAAACUUGUGA